UCUCCCACUUCCUGUUUUCUGGAUUAUACUAUUUUUCCAACUCCAUUUCUGACGCGGGGUCAGCUAGCCAAACCCAUAUUGCAGCUGAAUUAUUUACUUGAAAAAGGUGAAACUGAUCUAGAGUCAGCUGUCCGGGAACCUUUAAUCUCGGUCCCUUAAGGGGAAGCAGAAUAAACUGCAUUGACAGCUCCGCUUUCGCUGUUAGCUAGCUAGCUAGGUAGCCAGUCUGCUAAAAUCCACAACCAAGAUGCCGGCUUAUCAUUCAAGUCUGAUGGAUAUGAACACUAAACUGGUUGGUAAUAUGGCCAUGCUGCCGUUGAAAACACAGUUUAAGGGUCCCGCUCCCAAAGAGACAAAAGACUCCGACAUCAUUGAUGAAGCUAUCUACUACUUUAAAGCCAACGUCUUCUUCAAGAACUACGAAAUCAAGAACGAGGCAGACAGAACAUUGAUCUAUGUGACACUAUACAUCUCAGAAUGUCUCAAGAAACUACAGAAGUGCAGCACAAAGAACCAGGGAGAAAAGGAGAUGUACACUCUAGGCAUCACCAACUUUCCCAUCCCGGGAGAGCCGGGGUUCCCCCUUAACGCCAUGUACGCCAAGCCCAUCGACAAGCAGGAAGAGGAAACCAUGAGGGCGUACUUGCAGCAGGUCCGACAAGAGACGGGCCUCAGACUGUGCGACAAGGUUUUUGACCCCGAGACAGACAAACCCAGCAAGUGGUGGCUUUGCUUUGUGAAGAAACAGUUCAUGAACAAAAGCCUGUCGGCACCAGGACAGUAGCCAGCAGCACGGCGCGUCGUCUUCCAACACGUUCAGGGUUUUUUAUACAGUUUAUGGGUGUCAGAAUUCUGCUGUGGCAGGUGUAUUUAUCAUGUCAAGUAUGUGCUUAAUAAAGAAAUGGCCAGCAACA